AUGGCGCCCGCGCCGUCUUUCCAGGUCCUUGGGCCUGCGGAGAUCGCCAGUGGCGACGGAAUCGUUUCGGCCCAAAACAUGCGGGCGAUUAUCAUUCCGAACGAGGUUGUUGUCAACCACCCGCAAGGUGAAAUUCGUAUUCCACCUGGUACGAUCGGCUAUUUCAUCAAGGAUAGCCCAGUCAACCAAGACGAUGUCUUCCUUCAGCUCAUUCAUCAUGGAAAGCGAGGAACUAUCACUAUUCCUCGUAUUCAUGUCCGUUUCGGGGCUUUCCACCACGAAUUUCACAUCGACAUUCCCAGCGUCCGGUUCCAGCGUGUUGCCUUCUCUUUGGGACAUGACAGAGCCUCGUCCAUCACGGGGCGGGCGGUUUGGCAGAUGUGGUCUAACAUCAGGGACAAUUUGCCCGUCUUGCGCCAAUAUGGUCUCAAGAAAAUCGACGAAUUGGAGGCCAUACUCACUAACGAGACCAAAUUUAACGAGACCGUAAGCUACUUGAUCGGAGCUUUCACUGCCGAUGCCUGGGACAAGAUUAAGGAAGGCGGACACAUCAAGUCUCUCAUGAGUAUCAAACCAGUAUCUGAGGACUACCCUGGCCUUUCCAGCCAGCAGCAAGUCAUUUAUGCCCGCAUCGCGAUCAACGACCUUGAUACUAGCCCCGAGCACACGGACUUUGGCAAGUAUGGAGGACGUACUGUCGGAAACCCCAUUGACCGACACAAUCAGCAUGAGGAACACAUGAAUGGCCGUCUUGCCCAGUCUCCCCACUAUCAGAUCGCCAAAAAGUACGCCUACAGAGUCAUGAUCCCAUUGAUGAAAAUAAAGGGAGCCCCGGAGCUUAUCAUGGCGAUGGCCGAGACUACUGUCUGUUGCCUUUUUGAUACAUGGCAUUCAGGCGUAUCAUUUGCCAACGGAGAAAUCAAGGAUCCCAUCAGUGCGGGUACUGUCGACCAUUAUAUGCUCGUCACGCUUUUCCGAGAACUGUCUCUGAAGACUUUCAAGGAUGUCGGGUUCCCUCUGUACCCCGGUAAGGGCUGCAAUUGGUCAUUCCCUCUUGAGAACAAGGGUCACAAUCAACGUGGCUGGUUGCGCUGCAAGGUCACCGGCGAAGAUGGACGAGCCAUGCUCGUGCACAGAACUACAACUUCCAUCGCCUAUCUACGCAACCAGGAAAAGAAGAACAGCCCAGAGCUGGGCUUGAGAAUCAGAUUCACGCCUUUGGAAGAGAUUGAGAUGUCGGACGGCACAAUGAUCAGUUCGCAACUCCUCGGACUCUCCAUCAGUUACAACUUGAUGCACCUCAAAGACCAACUUAGUCUUCGACACGGGCAGCUGGUGAUUGUUUCGAUUGAAAAGAUGGAAGAUCCGCGAGAACGUCAUCCCAACCCUUGGUACCGACAUUCUUACGUUGGCGCUUGGAAUAACUCCGACGAACUCCACAGUUUUGGUAUCCGUAUCGAGGUCAUGCGUGAGACUACCAAGGAAUGGUUUUCAUUUCCCAUUCAGUGCAAUAACCUCUUCGUUGUUUACGACCCGAGCAAGAGCCUGGAGCAUGUCGAACGGAAGGACAAGAAGCUUAUGACGUAUCUCGUCGACAAGAGGGUCACCACCUCUUGGCGGAUGGCCACGCAUAUCAUUCAAUUGCUGGACCACCGCCGCUACAAGCUUGAGGAGUGCCCUGUCCACCUUUGCCCUUAUCUUGGGGCUCGUGUUCAAGAGGUCGUUUUCGACCACCUGAACCAGAAAGUAACCUUCAAGCUUGUCGAAGAGAAACUCGUUGACCCCCCGAAGGCGGUCUCGUUCCAUCACAACACGGUCAAGAUGAAGCAGAACUUCCCGGAGGUCAUCAUUGGCCCUCAGCCACCCAAUGGGUGGUUUAGGGAAGGUGGUCGAAAGCUCCGUUCACCUUCCUGCCUGGCAUGCUGGACCAAUGGCCAGAGCCUUGCAGUGAGAGAGAAUGGAUGCAAUUCGCGGCGGCCAGUCGAUGUGAAGGACUCGGAUGAUCCCGAUGCAGAAUAUAUCCGCAGCUCUCAGUCCACAUGUUCGCUGUGCUGGGACAAUUAUCGCCGGCCAUGCGCGUGGAUCAAGCCAAGCGCUGGUCAUGUCGAAGGAAAGUCGUUCGUCAUUGACAAUGGUCCUCAGUGCGAAGGCCUUUACCCUAAGCGGUUUGUGCAAGCUACCCCAGAGGCUAUUCCAGACCCCAUGCGUCUAGAAGAGUAUUAUGCUAUGGAGGAAGACAAGUUCGCUCAUGAAGGGAUGACUAAUGACGAUGAUGGCGAUGGCGACGAUAUUGAAGACGGUUUCGAGGCGGAGGAUUAA